UAGCGUACUAUACAGUACAAUAUAUGUAUGUGCUUUCCAAAACUCGCCGCAAAAUACAAUUCCCUUCGCGACUAUAUACAGCGUCUUUCCAAAACGCCGUCUAUUCUAUGUGCGGGCGUUUUAUGAGCCUUGUGAGACGUUUGAAAAUGUCUCCUAUUGUAGUACGUGCUGUAGUGCAUGGCACGGCGUUUUCUGGCUGUGCUCGCCGUGGCCCUGGCGCUCUUGCAGGCCGCCUCGGCCAAGUCCUGGCUGGACAAGAGGUUCAACACGGACGGCACCGUCCGGACGGGGUAGGAGGCCUCGGGCCAGGAGGUGGUGAUGCUCAAUCUCAACCAGCAAUCCGGCGCCGCCGGCUUCAACUCCAAGGAGCAGUUUCUCUACGGUGAGUUCAGCAUCCAGAUGAAGCUCAUCCCGGGAAACUCCGCCGGCACCGUCUCCUGCUUCUACCUUUCUUCCGGUGACGACGAGUGGCGCGACGAGAUUGACAUGGAGUUCAUGGGCAACUCCAGCGGCCACCCGGUGGUGCUCAACACCAACGUGUGGGCCAACGGCGACGGCAAGAAGGAGCACCAGUUCGACCUCUGGUUCGACCCCGCCGCUGACUACCACACCUACACCAUCAUCUGGAACCCGGAGAACAUCCUCUUCAAAGUCGACAACCUCUUCAUCCGCUCCUUCAAGCGCUUCGGCGGCCUCCCCUACCCUAGCUCCAAGCCCAUGAGGCUGCACGCCACGCUGUGGGACGGCAGCUACUGGGCGACCGAGAAGGGCAAGAUCCCGAUCAACUGGUCCAACGCGCCCUUUGUCGUCUCCUACCGCAACUUCUACGCCAACGCCUGCGUCAGCGGCGGGGCGUGCCAUGCCGGCAGCGACAGUUGGAUGAAGAAGCAGCUCGACGGCGCCGAGUGGGGCAUCGUCAAAUGGGCGGAGCGCAGUUACAUGCGCUACAACUACUGCGACGAUGGGUACAGGUUCCCGCAGGGGCUCCCCGCAGAGUGCAGCCGCUACUGAUCCCAGCCGGACCGGCCGGGCAUCCGGUGUUGAUAUUGACAUCUUUUUCUUGGAAGCGUACACUAUUCUUGUUUUCUUUGUGAAUUUGUGAUUAAAAAGCAGCCCUACAUCAAUGUGUGGGCGAUUGUUUGUAUACUAGUAUUUUUUUUUCCUUCAGAAAAGAAG